AUGCAGUUCACGACGGGCGCGAGGUUGAUGUAUACCCUGGCGGCUCUGCACAGUCAGAUUGCGGUCACUGCAGCGCAAGCACUCUCGAUAGACUCGAACGGCUGCUACUGGACGUCGACCGUGGUCUUUGGCAAUAUCACCAGCUCGAGCACUGUCCCGAACACGCUCAGCACUACCAGUGACGGGCGGUCGAUAUCGGCUAUUCUCCAGUCGUCGACGACAUCAAAUCCCGACACCAGCGAAUCAAGCGUUCCGACCACCAGCGGGCCGCCAAUCAUCACGACUACACCUACCGAGCCGGCGGCUUCUUCUUCCUCUACGAGCAACCUACAGACUGCUACUCCCGCAGCGACCUCCACGCUACCCCCAGCUCCUGUGUCGAUCCCUUUCCGAAUCACUGUCAGCGGCUUCAACGCCAGACUCCGAGCCCGCGCGCCCAGCUACAUCUCUUUUAAGGGAGAAAAUGCCUACCUCAUCGCAGAUGAAGAGCUGUCCGCGAUCUUCGUGCUUACUUCCGACGGACAGCUUCGGACAGGCGACGCAACCGUCGGCACAGAUGGCAGAACGGGAUCAUUGCCUCUGAGGCGGUUUCUGAUGGCCACUCAGCCCAGUGAUUACAUCUGGUAUUUCAAUGACACGAGGCUGGUGUUUGGCGACAAUCUCGCCUUCUCGGCACUCAGCGACGGGCAGAUGUUGGUCACAUUUCCUGGCAGUCAGCCGCCUAUGGAAGCUGUUCAGCUUGGUCUGGAACCGGAGUUCGUGGUGACAGUGACAAGUUCGAUUCUUUCCACGACCACGAGCCUUGCUAGCAUGAGCCCAAGUUCCGGCGCAGGAGCAACGACAACUGCCACAUAUAUGGAGACGAGCGUGUCGAGUCCGGUCACCGACGGGCCUAUUCCUACUUCCCUUAGCACUUCUUCAAGCCCCGUAACCAGUCCCACGACAACACUGAGCGGAUCAUCUUCUUCACACAUGACUCCAGACCGGCCUCUGACCUCGUCGACAACAGCGCACACCACUGCUGUUGUGAUACCACAGUCGACUUCGAUCGCAGCUAGCGUCGCGCCACCUUCGAACUCGCCAUCGCCCAGCAAUUCUCCUUCCAGUAACGCGCUCGUCUCAAGUUCAAGGGGCAGUACGACAACAGUACACUCUGGCGUACCCAGCUCGUUGUCUGCCACGCCAAGCACCACCACCGUUCCAGUCAAUUCCAUGACCCUCUUGUCCUCGACAACGACAAAUGUGUUGAGCUCCAGCGCUAUAGCUUCGUCUUUGGCUGCGUCGGCAUCAUCCACGAUAUCUCAUUCAUCAAGCACAACCGUCUCAAACGGCACACCGGCCUCCCUCUCCGCCACGUCGAGAACUGGUGCGUCAAGUUCUCCAGCGAGCUCCAGCACAAAUAGAGUCACAUCGGCGGUGUCCACCCAGCCUCAACCAACCUCGAUCAGCUCCGCCUCCCCUUCAUCUUCUCAGAGCACGAAUGCCGUUUCGUCAUCGAGCAUCGCAAACCCCACUCCAUCCGGCAUCACGACCACAACCACAACAAGAAACCAGAGCAGCACCUCUUCAUCCCCAUCCACAUCCACAACCACAACCUCGCCCUACCCCGCCAAACGCGGCCUGGCGUACCGCAACGUGACCACCCUGCAAUACUACCCCCCUCCCUCACCCUACAUCUCCUGGUCCUACAACUAUUACUCUUUGCCAAAUGCCUCUGACGACGUAGGACCCUACCCUUACCCCUUAUCACCCUACCGCUUCAUCCCACUCCUCUACAACGACGCCGACUCCCUAACCUCCAUCUGGCCCGCCAACGUCAACUUCAGCAUCGAGAAUUACGGCACCGACGCCAUCUUCGGCUUCAACGAGCCCGACGCCAAUUUCAACGGCCAGUCCGCCAACAUGCCCGUCGCGCAGUCCAUCACGGGCUACGCGAACUUCAUGCAACCGUUCGCCGGGCGCGUAAAGAUCGGCGCCCCCGCCGUGACAAACACGGGCGGCGGGAUCGCGUACCUUGAACAAUUCCUCGGCAACGCCACCGCCACGCAGCACAACUUGACGCUGGAUUUCAUAAACAUCCACUGGUACGCCAGCCCGUACAACAUCGAGUAUUUUCAACAGUUCGUCACGCAGGCACAUAACCUCAGCGUGGUGUAUAGUCCGAACAUUACGUCGUCGUAUGUGGAUACAAAGGGUGGCGGUGUCUUGCCCGUGUGGAUCACCGAGUUCGGCAUGGACAAGGACAAUUACGACGAGGCGACGAAUGUGGCGUUCCUCAAGAAUGCGACGAGUUGGAUGGACGCGCAGGGGUGGGUGGAGCGGUAUGCUUGGUUUGGAAACUUUCCGGGUGGCCUAACGAGUUAUGGAGCCCCGACGACGAAUAUGUUGUUGAACACGGAUGGGAGUGGGAGGGGUGCGUUGGGGGAGGUGUGGUAUCGGUUUAAUGGGACUAAUUAA